AUGGUUAUUCUAACUAAAGAACAACAAGAAGAAGCCGCUAACGAGGGCCUCUGGCUACCCCAAUUAGAGAAAGAUAACUGUGGUGUUGGUUUCGUCGUUUCCAUCAAAGGCAUUAAAACCCAUAAGAUCCUUUGCGAAGCCCGCACAAUGCUGGAACGAAUGGCUCAUCGUGGUGCCUGUGCAUGUGACAAUGAUUCCGGUGAUGGAGCGGGAGUUUUGACGGCCAUACCCGAUCUCCUCUACAGGAAAUCCGUGAAAAAACAAGAUGGCGUGGACCUGCCACCUCCUGGACACUAUGCCACCGGUAUUCUGUUUCUUCACGAGGAUUCCUACAAGCAAGCCAAGGUGAGAUAA